GUCAUUGUGAUGUCAAGUCAAGUUAGAAGUUUAAAUGUUUGGUUGUAACUUGUAACGCUAAAACUUGAAAUAUCUUAAACUACUGUUAAUUCCACUUAGACGAAGAAAAUGUCUUUCAACUUCGGAAAUACUAGCACUCCAAAAACAGCUGCUACCGGCUUUACAUUACCGUCAAAUCCGGCAACUACUAGUGCUACUGGAUUACAGUUUAAUUUCGGAGGAGGAGACACCAAAACCGAAGUUAAACCAUCAUCUACAUUAUUUUCUACGGCCACAAGUGGCGCACCAGCUUUCGGGAUUGCCCCACAACCGGCAACAUCCGCGUCUGCUGCACCGUCGUUUAAUUUUGGUACGCCUACAACCCAACAGCCGACAGCAUCCGCUUUCGGUACAGCAGCCCUAGCCUCAUUGAGUACUCCAACAUCUUCUUCCCAAUUUGGACUAACCUCCAGGACCCCUAAGGACACAUCAGGGUUAUAUGGAUCAACCACAGCUGCAGCGCCUACUCCAGCAUCAACCGGACUUGGUUUUGGACCAGCAGUUUCAACAACGUCUUCAGCAGCCCCAGCUACUACAGGAACUACCCCCCUUUUUGGAGUCGCUUCUACCCCGAGCACCACUACAUUAGCCAGUGCCCCUGCUUUAGGUUUAUCGACUACAGUUUCUUCUGCUGCUUCAACAACUCCAUCGACUUCAUUAAGUACUACAACAGCACCCCCAGCUUACUCAACAUCGACACUUACUUCUACUGGUUCGUUAACUUUCAGUCAACUGGAAGAUUCUAUUAACAAAUGGACCAUUGAUUUGGAAGAGCAAGGGAAAUUUUUCAUUAAUCAAGCGAAGCAGCUUAAUGCUUGGGAUUCGUUGCUUAUUUCAAAUGGUGAAAAGAUUCUCAACCUGAACGGUAGUAUCGAGAGAGUCAAGCAGCAGCAACAGCAAUUGGAUCAAGAACUCGAUUUUGUCUUAGCACAGCAGAAGGAAUUGGAAGAGUUGAUAACACCGCUGGAAAAGGAAUUAUUGGAAAUUCCCGUGACGGACAUAGAUCGAAAUCAAAUGUAUCAAUUUUCGGAAAUAAUCGAUUCGCAAUUGAAGCAAAUGUCCGAUGAUUUGAAAGAAAUUAUCGAGCACAUUAACGAAUCCAAUAAAAGCGAAGAAGUUUCGAAUCCAUUGACGCAAAUUAGCCGCAUAAUGAACGCCCACAUGAAUUCACUCCAGUGGUUAGACAGAAAUACGGCGCAAAUUGUUUCUCAUCUCGAACAAAUCAAUAAAAUGCAAGACUCAAACCGAAGGAACUUUCCUCUCAAUCAUUCUUUUAAUAAUUCACUACUUUAAUUUGCCGAAUAAAUAAUUACAAAUACAUAAUUUCUUUUGUCUGUUAGCAUUAAUAUAGUGUUUUUUUUCAUGUUAAAUGUUUCAGCAAUAAAUACAAUUUCUACUUUGAAUUAAAU